ACUAUAUUGGCCUAAGGCAGCAGCUGCAGCAGGUCUUCGGAAAUGUGGAUGUGGAGUAUGUCUAUGCUGCCGAGAUCGAUGCGAUUGCUCGUUUGAUGCUGAACUUGAUUUUGACUCCGGAGUACGUUGCGGAAGGGUUUCUCUCUGCCGCGUGCGCCAGCAGCCUCGUCAGGGCGAACUUGGGCUCGGCCGUCGAAGGUGAGGACGCAGAAGACGCAGUCACACGGAUGUCGCUGCAAUCUCAUCGCGAGGAAUGUCUCAAUCGGAGUAUCAAGUUAAUGCUACAAGAAAUCCAUCUUCACGUUGUUCACAGGCGUCGAUCUUCUUGGCCCCCUUUUCCCUUGUAUUUUUAUGAAAUACAAGGUAAAAGGGGUCAAGAUGAGGGGACUGAGAUACAACUUCACAGGCAACAUCUUGGCUCUCCCGUUUUUAGUUUACUACGGUAGGGAAAAGCAAGGAGUGCAGUUUACAGAUUCAACGUGCGGAGGAGCGGGUAGCGGUCUCACAGGACUUUUGUUGAAGACGUUGUACGAGGACUAUCUCGAUAAGGGGUCCAAGUGUAUCCCGCAGUCAUUAGCCGUCGUACCGAGUCCAGCUUUUCCCUAGCCUAGUAAACUAAGAACGGGAGACCCAAGAAAGAUGCUGCUGAAGAUAAUUUUUUCCCAAACAUUUCUAAUAUAUAACGGUGGCGAAUUUUCGAGGAGCGUUUCUGGUGCCAGGGUAUUUCGACCGCGUCCGCGAUCUCAGGUUGUGGCAUAACUACUUUGAUGGGCCAGCGUGAAAUUCCAGUUCGACGGGAGAUCUUCUUCUUCCCUGAGUCGCAAGAAUAUGAUUUGCUAUACCGAAAUAGAAAUUGAAAUAUUAGAAGGAGCGAGAAGGUUAACAUUGGAGAAAAUAGAGAUGGAAAGGCUUUUCUUUUAAUCGUUUCGAAGUUAUGGUUGGGUUUUACGAAGUGAUUUCUUCGUAAUUUUUUGGCUUUUUGGUCGGGUAGGUCUAGGUUUACUGCAAAGAAUUUAGAAAUUUGAAAAUGUAUGAGUGGGUCGGUGGUGCUGGUAGAGCCGGUGGACACGUCCUCUACCAGUGCAUUAUGAAGAAACAAGUACAGCUACAGAUGAUCAUGAAUGAGACUCAAACAUGAUUGUUAGAACUUUUACAAUCAAGAAUGCGAUGUGACGAACAAGAACCAACGAGAAGAACUCAGGAUGAUGCAUCAAGAACGGAAGUGACUUUCAC